AUGGCGUCGUCGUCAGUCACCUCGGACCGGCCCGAUCUCUCUGUGCCCGCAGGAGACGGCGCCAACGAUCCCUUCUUCUCCGCCUCGUCGACCGCCCCGUCCCAUCUGCGAUUUUCCGACUUUGAUCAAGAGCUCUUCGCCGCCGGCCCCGGUUCCGAUCCGCGACAGGCGAAGCGCGCCCUGGAAGCUCACCUGGCAGAGACCGACCGUCGCCUGGACGAAGCUGGCAAGAUUGGAACCGCUCUCGUAUCGCAGCGCAAAGCCCUCGCCGAACAGCUCCAGGAAAUCGAAAAGCUCCAGGCCGAGGAAGAGCUGGCGCCCGAGCUGCGCAAGAAGCUCGUCAGCAUCGAAAAGGACUACAAUGAUUUGGCUCGAGAGUCGGCGAGGGUCUUUUUGCCCAAGCAGCGAGUCGCGAGCAGCAGCGACAACAACCAAGGCUCGCCCUACACGCUGGACAGCCGAUCAGGCAGGCGCUCCGCCAGUCCUUCCAAAUUCGAGAGUCAAGCUACGGGCUCACCCGCCAAGCUCAGCGUGCCCAACCGCAAGAUGCGAAACCAGCCGUCCAACAGAGUCCACGACAUCGAAUUCGCCGCCGAAAUCAGCACAUCGCUCAUUGCCCAGCUCCGCAAUCUACAGGCACUGCUCGGUGAACGAGAUGAACAGGUCAAAGACCUCCGCAACGACGUCUCUCGCCUCGAGGGCGAGUCGGAGGCCCAGCAGCAGCGUCUCAAGGUUCUUGAUGAGAGUGAACAUCGCUUCAAGGAAGAGAACUGGAACCUUCAGACCCGACUGCAGGAGAUGAAUGGCCAGCAGAGGGAGGCGUCCGACCGCGAGAAGAAGCUCGACAAUGCUCUCCACGCCUCCAACGCUGCCAAGUCUGCCACCCAAAAGGAGCUGGAUGAGGUGAAGCUGACGCUCUCCAAGCUGACCGAGGAGCACGCUGCCUCCACCAAGCACCACGACAUUGAGCUCGGCACUGCCAGACGCGCCAUUGCCAUGGCCGAGGGCGAACGUUCUGCCAUGCAGCGCAAGAUUGAUGAGCUGACCAGCCAGAACCUGGAGCUCGCCAAAGCCAUCGCGGCCCAGAGAGCAAAGGCUCAGGAGCGCGAGUCCUCUUCAGGCACUAGUGACGAAGAUCUCGAGGCUUCUGCCAUCGACAUUACACCUGAGCAUUCCCCGCCGCAGUCUCCCGUCAAGGGAGCCACUCCCAGGCACUCCAUGCUCGAGACCGAGACUCUCAAGACAUCUCUGCAGCACGCCCAGCGAACCAUUCAGAGCCAGCGAAGCCAGCUCCACCGUGAAAAGACGGAGAAGCUUGAAUUCCGACGCAUUAUCCAAGACCUUCGCGACGAUUUGGAAAAGGCCAGAAACGAGCUUGAAAAAGGCCCUGCUCUGCCCCCCGUUCGUCGUGGUCGCAGGGUCGAGCCCAAGGAAGUCAAGGUCAGGCCGCCUCGAUUGCUCGGCAGCUUCCGCUCUAGCCGCCAAGAAGUUGUCAUGGAAGAGCCAGUCGCUCCGGAAGACCCAGAGUGGGAAGAUACUCACGAUGUUUCACCUCGCUCCUCUGGCCUUCGCGCCGGCGGUCGCUCUCCCGAUCGACGCCAGCAACAGUUUCAACUUCACCUCCAGCGGCAACGGCAGUCGUCUGAUGUUUCUGAUGGAGAGGAACUUGUUCUCGAAUCCAUCGAGACCAGCGACUCUUUCGAGACUGCUGCCGAAGAGGGCAACGAUUCUGCCUUUGAGACGGCCGAACCAGGAACCGAGACGGAAGAUUUCCAGACAGGACACGAGGACUUGUCUGAUGAAAGUGAUGCCCCUACUGAGGUUGCACUCUCCAUACGAGGCUUUGGCAGCAUGAGACGACCUCCCAGCCUGCAGCCCGGCCUUCCAAGAUACCCCAACCGGGAAUCGUUUGACAGCACCGCGUCAACCUCGACCGAAGAAGACGAGUUCUUGGAGUUCCCUGAGUUUAGAUCACCCACCGCUGCCGCCUCUCUACGGAGAAUGCGCAUGAGCAACAGGUCAUCAAUGUCCCGAAGAAGCUCUCGACAGGAGAGCGAGGAGCCUCAGUUCCGGAGCCCCGGCGCAAGCUUCAGCAGCGGUGGCGGCGAUCCGGCAACCCCCGGCCAGAGUCUCUUUGCCGAGCUGCAGGAUUUCCCCAGCGACGAUGAAUCAUCAAUCAUGUAUACUCCUGGCCGCAGAAGCCUCCGUUCCAUGACGCCGGCUUCCACCCGCCGCGCCGUUACGCCGCCUCCAGCGGUUCCCCGGCUGCCUCGAGUCAUCAUGGUGGAUUCAGGCGUCAUGACCGACCCCAUCGAGUUUGGUCCUGGCAUCGCGUCUCUCGGCCAUCGCACAUCUCGCAGCUCGCUGCUCAGCGUGGGCGAGUUCGCUCGAAGACCGAGAUCCAUGGAGUCGGCCAUUCCCAACACUGAUUUCCGUGCAUCCACAGCCUCAUGGCGGAGCGCUGAAGAAGGGCCCGCGGGCUCUGCUACGUACUCCCGCCCCGCGUCUACAGUUGCCUACAGCGAUGCCGGUGCCCAGUACGACAUUGGCGAGAAGCUUGCACAGUUCCCUCUGCCUCCCUCAUCGCUGCCCAGCGAGCCAGAUGUCAUGCCAGUUCCUGCGCCUGCGCCUGCGCCUGCUCCCCCUGCUGUUCUUGAACUCUCCGUCAUCCAAUCCGAGGACAUCGAGCCUCGAGAAGAACAACACCAAGAGCCGGCACCGGCCGCUGUACCUCCCACCCUGAUCUUGACACCAAUGGCAUUUGAGACAGUGGAGCCCUUAGCCGAGCCGGAGGUCCCCGCUCCUCACCUGGGAUUGUCUGCCAUCGUGGCCGAGCAUUUGAAACCCGAAGCAGAGCCCGACGUUCCACCUCCAGACCUCACCCUCUCCAGCAUCUUUGCUGAAGGACUGGAGCCCCGGGCGGAGCCAGAGCUGCCUCCGGCUGAAUUGACUCUGUCGACAAUCAUUGGCGAGGGCCUGGAGCCAGUGGCCGAGCCUGAAAUCCCCCCAGCGGCCCUUUCGCUGUCGACAAUCGUCGGUGAAGGUCUGGAGCCAGUGGCCGAGCCUGAAGUCCCCCCAGCGGCCCUUUCGCUAUCGACAAUCGUCGGUGAAGGCCUGGAGCCAGUGGCCGAGCCUCAAGUCCCCCCUCCAAUCCUCUCGCUCUCUACCAUUGCAACUGAAGGCUCAGAGCCAGUAGAAGAGCCAGAGCUGCCUGCGCCGGUGCUGAGCCUCUCCACCAUCGUGGCAGAGGGACUGGAGCCCAAGGCAGAACCCGAAGCUCCUCUACCCGAGCUUACCCUGGCCUCUAUCGUAUCAGAAGAGGUUGAGCCCGUUAUCGAGGAAUCACAAGUCCCCGAGCUUAUCGCCGCCAAGGAGAUUGCCCCAGAAGAAGCUCCAGCUGUCAUCUUGCAGGAGCUCAGCAUUUCGCCAAUCGUGACGGAGCAGGUCGAGCCCAUCGCUGAGCCCGAGGUGGUGAUAUCCCCGCCGGCAUAUCUCACCAUGUCAUCCAUUCAGACACAGCAGCUAGAGCCCAGAGAGCUUUGGUUGCCAACUUUGACGCUGUCUACCAUUGCUGUGGAGAAUGUCGAACCCAUCGCCGAGCCGGCGCCCGAGCCCGUUUCCGCAGCACUGACACUCUCUGCUCUCUCCUUCCAAAACACCAUUCCGUUCGACGAGCUGCCUAUCGAUGACGAGGAGCUGUUCUUGCCAUCAUUACCCCAGCCCGAGCUCCCUGCGCUUGGCCUCUCCUCAAUCGUAGCAGAAGACGUUGAACCCAUCUUCCCUCUCGCCCCGCAGUUUGCAUUUUCCUCCAUCUCAUCUGUUGAGACUCAGCCAGUUAGCCCCGUCAAGAGAGGGGGAUUCAUCCUCCCAAGCAACAUCAAAUCUCCCUUCAACGAUGAAGAAGAUGGUGAGGUAUCCGACAAGAACCUCUUUGCGUCAUAUGUUACUCGCAGAAGACCUGAGAGCGUCCCCUCAUCACCCAUUAUUGCCGAAGAUGAGACGAGGCAAUCACUUCCUGUGUCGCCGCAAGUCGACACUCCCGAGUCCAAGCGGCCAUUCAAGGAGAUUUCAGCCAAUGGAAGCUCUCGUCCUGGUCAGCAACUGACUCAAACCAGCGACCAGGGAGCCCAGACAUCACUGACUUCGGGAGCCAUCGAUGAGCUGCUCAAGACUGGAGCUGAGACUCCCGCAAAGAGCCCUUACUCCGUUGGCAGCCCUGAUACCGUGGGGACUGUCAAGGUCAACCGCCCCUAUCAAGAAAACCUAGACAGCCCCUUCUCAGCCAUCUCAAGCAGGAGUAGGACGCUCGAUCCAGCACCUAUUUUCCACUCUACGCCCACGUACCGGCCUGGCAGUGCUACCAGUGGCAAAUCCUCGCUCGUGGACGCGCCUCCUCUGCCAUCAAACCACCAGCAAAUGAUCCAGGCGGCUCGUUCCGGCUCAUCCAACGGGACGACGCAAACGCAGAACCAGAGCCAGAGCCAAGGUACUAUGGGCCCGCCUCUCUGGCCCGCCUCGGCGACAAAGCCAACACCGACCACCCCCAGCAGGGACAGACCAAUGUCUCCUCCUUCCGGCCGCGGCACUCCUACUCCUCGCGCUCCUGUCCGAGCCGACUCAUCCCACGGUACUGCCGAGUUCCCUCUGCCUCCUCCUGUCAGGCUUUCUGCUGCCAUGUCCAGGCAGACUUCCGUGUCCUCGUUCGCAUCAGAGCUGGACAAUCGUUUCGGAAUGCGGGCCAACGAGAUGGGCCUCGACCCUAGCGGGUUUGGACCCAACACCGACCCCAGGAUGAUCCAAGCCAUCACGCAGACCAUGAUUGGAGAAUACAUAUGGAAGUAUACGCGCAAGACUGGUCGCGGCGAGCUAUCUGAGAAGCGACACCGCCGCUACUUUUGGGUGCACCCAUACACGAGAACUAUCUACUGGAGCGAGCGAGACCCGUCAACGGCUGGUCGUACUGAGAUGAAGGCGAAGAGUCUCCCCAUCGAUGGCGUGCGAGUAGUGACAGACGACAACCCCAUGCCGCCGGGUCUCCACCGUAAGAGCUUGGUGAUCAUCUCUCCCGGCAGGACGAUCAAGUUUACCUGCACCACUGGCCAACGACACGAGACGUGGUUCAAUGCUCUGUCAUAUCUCCUGCUGAGGACUAGCAAUGGUCACGAUGGUCAAUCUGAUGCGGAAGAGAUGGCGACUGACCUCACUCGGGAAGACGUCGACGAGUUCAACCCUCCGUUUGGGCGGCGCCCUGCCAACGGCACCUCGCGUCCCUCGGCCCCGUCCCUUUCGUCGUACAACUCCCGCACCACUUCACAGGCCGAGGCAAUCUCUCUAGAGAUUCCUACGCUGACGCCAUCGGGGAAGCAUGCUUCAACCCCGAUUAGGCCUUCCCUUACAGGCAGCAUCAGCAGCAAGGUAGGCUCGUACUGGAAGGUGGGCGGGUCCAAGCUCUCUGGAUCGAUCCGCAGCAGGACGGUUAGCGCUCAGAAUGUUAGCAUUUACCAGGCGAGCGAGGUCCACGAUAGUGCUGAGGAUCUUCGUGAGAUGAUUGAGCAGCAAGACAGGGAAGCAGACCGGCUGGAGAAUGUCAGAGCCUGUUGCGAUGGCAAACACGACGUCGGGACGCUUCCUCACACUACCAAGAAGGGAGGACGCAGCCACAACCAUCAUCACCAUCACGUUCACUCCAGUGGACAGUCUGCCAUGAAUACCCCCAUGGCAUCUAUGCGCUCUCGGGCAUAG